UUGAGACUACGGUUACACUGGUUGUUUGUUAGCUCUGAGUCGCAGAGCGAUGAGUUUAUUUUUCUCGUGUCUUAUAAGUAGUAUUAAUAAAUGUAAAAAGUGCAACAGCUAAUCAAAAUAAACUGCGCAAUUACCAAUUGAGCAGUUCACGUACUCGUACUCGUGCCAGUGGCCCUGCUUGUGUGCCAGUGUGUGUCGUCGUGUGGCUGUGUGGGUGUUGCUGUCCGUGUGUUUUUGUAUAUAAGUAAAUCUCGCGGGGGGGUGGCAAUAAAAGAGGAGAGAGGGAGCACAACGAAGCUAGUGCGCGAGUGCGAGGAGCCGAGGAGAAAAGUGAAAAAAGACAAAGGAACUGAAUGUUGACAGUAAAAUUACAGUCAAUUGCAUUCUGAUUGCUUUGCUGCAUCAAGCAAACGCGAAUUAUCAUCGCAUAUGUCUAUUUUUACGAAUAAAUCUCAAAGCACACAAUUUGAAUGUAGCUCUCUGCAUUUGCCCGAGUGUAUGUGUUUGUGUGCGUGUGUGUACGAAAAUAAAACGGGCAGUGUUCCGGGAUCUGUAGACAAUGAAUGCCGUUUGCCACCCCGCUAAGCCAAAGCUCUUCCAACUCAACGCAACGUAACGUAACGCAACGUCGCUACGUCACGUAGAAUUGCAACGUUACCCCACGGCUACUUAAACAGCAACAAGAACAACAGCAACAAUAACUAAAUCUUCCACCACCACCAACACAAUCAACCAGCAACAACACCACCACUAGCAACAAAGCAACUGUUACAAAUAUAGCAGCUACAACAACAGCAACAAUAACAAGAACAACAAAAGGAACCCCGCCAACCCCCUCGCUCGCUCAAUAGCCUUGUAAAGAAGUAUUUUUACGUUUUUGCCUUACUCGCCCUUCAGUCGUCAGCCAGGCACAGCACAGCACAGCACGCAGCACUGCAAGGGGUAGGGGUACAGGGACAGGGUGCGGGCGCACACACAAACACUGCAAGGCUGUCCUCACAGAGUUGCAAUGGACUCGGACAUUGAAAUGGAAUUGGAAUCGGACAACGAUGGGGAAUUUGAUGACGAUUAUGAUUACUACAAUACAGGCGAAGACUGCGAUGUGGAAAGACUCGAUCCGAAGCGUGCUGACCCCGAGUAUUUUGAAUUCGACUGCCUAACCGUUGAAGACAUUGAGAAGCUGCUAAAUGAGCUGGUGGAGAAACUGAACACAAUAUUGCAGAUAACACCAUCGCUGGCCAAGGUGCUGCUCCUCGAACACCAGUGGAACAACAAUGUUGUGGUGGAGAAGUAUCGGCAGGAUGCCAACGCUUUGCUGGUAACGGCACGUAUCAAACCACCCACGACUGCAGCGGCGGAUGCAGCGUCGACGAGUGCAGCAGCAGCUGCGAGUGCACAGCUGCUGAGAAUAGGCAGCAGUGGCUACAGAACAGCAGCAGCAACGUUACCCACAUUGAGCAGCCACAGCAGCGGGAACAGUUUGACUACGCAAGUGCAGUCGCAGUACCGGCGAAUGUGCCCGGUGUGCGCGAGCUCACAGCCGAAUGAUAAGUUCUACAGUUUGGCGUGCGGGCAUUCUUUCUGCAAGGACUGCUGGACCACUUACUUUGAGACGCAAAUCUUUCAGGGUAUCUCCAUACAGAUUGGUUGCAUGGCGCAGCAGUGCAAUGUGCGUGUGCCGGAGGAUUUGGUGCUGACACUGGUCACGCGUCCGGUCAUGCGAGACAAGUAUCAGCAGUUUGCUUUCAAAGACUAUGUGAAAUCACAUCCGGAGCUGCGCUUCUGCCCCGGACCCAAUUGCCAAAUCAUUGUGCAAUCAGCGGAGAACUCCGCGAAGCGUGCCAUCUGCAAGUCCUGUCACACGGGCUUCUGUUUUAAGUGCGGCAUGGACUAUCAUGCGCCGACUGACUGCCAGAUCAUCAAGAAGUGGCUUACGAAGUGCGCCGACGAUAGCGAGACGGCCAAUUAUAUAAGCGCACACACCAAAGACUGCCCCAAGUGUCACAUCUGCAUCGAGAAGAACGGCGGCUGCAAUCACAUGCAGUGCUUCAACUGCAAGCACGACUUCUGCUGGAUGUGCCUGGGCGAUUGGAAGACGCACGGAUCCGAGUAUUAUGAGUGCUCCCGCUACAAAGACAAUCCCAAUAUUGCCAACGAAUCGGUGCACGUGCAGGCGCGCGAGGCACUCAAAAAGUAUUUACAUUACUAUGAACGCUGGGAGAAUCACUCCAAAUCGCUCAAACUGGAGCAGCAAACAAUCGAUCGCUUGCGACAACGCAUCAAUACGAAAGUGAUGAACGGCAGCGGCACCUGGAUCGACUGGCAGUAUCUGUUCAGUGCGGCGGCGCUGUUAGCCAAGUGUCGCUAUACGCUGCAAUACACGUAUCCCUAUGCCUACUACAUGGAGCCAGGCUCGCGAAAGAAUCUAUUUGAGUACCAGCAGGCGCAACUGGAAGCGGAAAUUGAGAAUCUGUCGUGGAAAAUUGAGCGUGCUGAGACAAAGGAGCUGGGUGAUCUCGAGAAUCAAAUGGAUAUUGCUGAAAAGCGUCGCACGACUCUCCUCAAAGACUUCUUUCCCAUAAUUGGAAAGGCAUAGGCUUUCGCGAAUGAUAAGAUGAAUGCUGAAGCACAAGAUUCGUUUUAUUUAUUGACUAGCCACUGACAGUAUAAGAGACGCUUAUAUUAUAAUCCAUAUAAAAGUAGUCUAACAAUUUGUAGCUAAUUUUUAAAUUAAUAUUCAAGUGCAUAUGUAGUUAUAAUCUAGUUUCUACGAUUUAAAGUAUGUCUAAUUAUGAUUAUUAUAGUUGUGAAAUUCGAAAUCACUCAAAAGUCGAUUCAACUGCAAUACAACGCCUUGCGCAGAACAAUAGCGAUAGGGAAUCUAAGCAAGUGCUCCCCAACAGUUUUCCAAAAACUUAUCCAAUAAAUCCAGCAUUCAGCGUCAUGGUCUAUCAAAAAAAAAAAAAAUCAAAAAAAAAGGACAGGCAAACUCAGUAAUUAACAAUAAACAUCAACAGCUUAAGCCAUUCUGUGAGAAUAUACAAUUUCUUAGUCCGAAGUCAAAAGUCUUAUUAACGUAUUGUAACUGAAUGCUUACAACCACAAUAUUAACGAUGCCCAAGUAUUUGUAAUUCAAACAAAACACAAACAAACCUCCACAUAAGUCCUUAACUCGUAACAAAGAUAUACAAAGAAAACUAUCUGAAAUCAUUAAAUUAUGUUGACAUUUUUCUACAUAUUCUGUGGGUUGGCAGCGCUGUUUUCAUAUAAGCUGAAUUAUACAUUUUAGUUAUUAGGAUAACGCUAAGUAUGCUUAUGCGACUGAAUUUAAAUUAAUUAAAUGCAAAUUGAAAAUAGUAGUAA